ACAAAAGGAAGACAGAUAACUUCUAUGUACAUUCCUUUUACCAGUAACAACUUUAUUUGGUGUAGAAUAAUCUGUCUGGUGAAUCACUUUUACCUUUUCCUCCCAUUAGAGAUCAACGCCGACCUGUCAUUAAGUGAACUAACUAAUAUAUAACCAUAUAACUUGGAUGUUUUUUGGGAGGGAAUUCCUUAAAAUUGGGGAGGAUAUGUCCAUGUGGGGAGGAGAUUACUUCACUACUUCUGCACGAAGAAUGGCUCUGUCAGGGCCACGGAAUGGCAGAACUUACAUCAUGUACCAUGGCACCUCUUGGUGGGCUGCACAGAAAAUCAUGGCCAAAGGUUUUUGUCAAUCCAAGUGUGGCAUGCUGGGGCAGGGUGUGUAUCUAAGCCGGGACCUGGAGAAGGCUAGUAGAUACCCCCUGGACCUCACUGAACACCAGAAGGUUGUCAUCAAAGUUAAAGUCAAUGUGGGCAAGGUGAAAAAAGUAGACCGCCAAGGCCACCCUUUGCAGAAGACGUGGCAUGAUGAGGGUUACGACUCAGCCUGGGUUCCUCCUAACAGUGGCAUGGUGAAGAGUGGUUUAGAAGAGAACUGUGUCUGGGACCCAAACCGCAUUACUGUUUUAUACACUAUCAAAUCAAAAACAGAACCCACCUUGCAAAGUGAGGACACUGAUGAGGAAGAGGAUGAAGAGGACACUGAGGAGGAGGAAGAGGGGGUGGAAGGAGAGGAGGAGAAUUAUAAUGAAGAGGGGGUUAAUGAAAAGGAGCAGGGGGAUUAUGAGGAAGAGGGGGUUGAUGAAGAGGAGGAGGAGGAAGAGGAGGAGGGGGAUUAUGAGAAAGAAGGGUUGGAGGGAGAGGAGGAGGAUUAUGAGGAAGAGGGGGUUGAUGAAGAGGAAGAGGAGGAGGAGGAUUAUGAGAAAGAAGAGGAAUUAGAUGGGGACACUGAGGAGGAGGAGGAGGAGGAGGAGGAAGCAGAUGGGGACACUGAGGAGGAGGAGGAUGAGGAGGAAGCGGAUGGGGACACUGAGGAGGAGGAGGAGAGAGAGGGAGAGAAGGAGGAGGAAGCGGAUGGGGACACUGAGGAGGAGGAGGAGGAGGGAGAGGAAGAGGAGGAAGCAGAUGGGGACACUGAAAAUCCUGACCAAAGGUUUUUAUCCAUCCAAGUGUGGCAUGUUGGUGGCAUGCUAGUAGAUACCCCAUGCACCUUGCUGAACACAAGAAGGUUGUCAGAGUUGUCAGAGAAAAAAGUAGACCGCCAAGGCCACCCUUUGCAGAAGACGUGGCAUGACGAGGGUUACGACUCAGCCUGGGUUCCUCCUAACUGUGGCAUGGUGAAGAGUGGUUUAGAAGAGAACUGUGUCUGGGACCCAAACCGCAUUGCUGUUUUAGACACUAUCAAAUCAAAAACAGAACCCACCUUACAAAGUGAGGAAACUGAUGAGGAAGAAAAGGAGGAUGAGGAUCAUGAGGAAACAGGUGUGGAAAGAGAGGAGGAGGAGAAGGAGGGGGAGGAAGAGAAUGGCAAUUUAUUAAUUAGAUUAGCUCUCAUCCUGGGUCCUUUCUUCCACGUCCUCUCUCGCUUCCUUUUGAAAAAGUUCAAAGGUAAUUAAGGAGAGGUGGCGUGCAGAGGGAAAGUAGAUGAAAUUGUAUGAAAUGAGACUCUCCUGAAUGGGUGUAACCAAAGAAGACCUUUGUAGCACUCAACAUCUUUCAAGGGUAUUUUUGUCCUACUGAAUCUAAACUUUUGUCAUCUGUAAAAACAAGAUUUUCAGAUUUUUCAUCAUAAAUCCCAGUUGGGACGGGCCGUCACAUAU